CACGACACUUACCUAGAUACUUGCCGAAUCACUCCCGUCCCGUCUAGUACGAAGCAGCAGUUCGAAACCGUUAGUAUAUUGAACAGCCUAACGCAAGAGCCUAGAGUUUGAAUCAAUAAACAUGGCUGCGCCUAAUUUCCGAUACAGCCUCUCGAACGAGGAUAAGGACAUAAAACCCGUACUCGCCGCCGUGGCCAAAGGCCUCCACCGCCCCCAGAUUCCCGAUCCAUCCGAGCCAGUCGAUCUCAAGCACAAAGUCAAGAGGUACCUUAACGAGAAGCUCGCUGCGCCCAGCCCCCCAACAAACCCCCCAACCAAUACCGAGGACCAGGCCACGGAGCCCAAGCUCGGCGAGAGGGCCAGGCGCCUCGUUAGAAGCUGCCUCCACCUCACCGACACCACCAUCGAGGGCAGGAAGGGCUGGGGCUUCACCAUAAAACCCUAUACAUGCGACUGCUCCCGCGCCGAGGUAAACCCGCACCCCGUGCUGGCCCUCGUCCUCCCGGCCAAGGGCGCGGACAGCGUAGGCCAGCACCUGAACGAGGCGGCGGAGGCGGCGCUCGCGUUCCAGGAAAAGUGCGCGUGGCUCGCGCGCGAGCAGCUGCCGCGCGUUCGGGAGGAGGCCGACGAGACGGCCCGCCUGCUGCGCGUGCUAGCCCAGCGGCUGACGGAGCGACCGCUGGGCACGGGCAUGUGGGGUAACACGCCCGGUGAGGUGUCGCUGGCUCGGGUGGAUGCGAACUACCGUGCGACCCAGCUGCAGACGGUGAGGAGCGAGGUGGCCGACAAUGUGCGUGACUUCCUGGAGGGUGAGGUGAAAAGGUUGGCGGAUAUUCUAAAGGUGCUCAUUAAGGAGUUCGAGAAACUGUCCAAGGCGCCGGAUACGUGGACCGGGUGCAGGACGUGCGCGGGCCAUGUUCUCCGGGUUUUAAAGGAUAUCGGGGCUAUCAAGGGUUCAUUCUUGAAGAUGUUCCUUAUGGCGGCGAUGGAUUUGUUGAAAUUGUUGCCUCGCGAAGUGUCCAUUCAAUACAAUGUACGCAAACUUGAGAAGGCCGCGGAGCGGGAAGAAAAUCUAUCGCGGCGUACCGGGGAGAUGAUCAGCCGGUUUGGGGGAUGGAGCGAGGUUAUAGAGAAUGUGGAACUUGGCUGGACGGAACUUGUGGAACUACACGAGCGUAACGAGAUCUAA